CCAUCGCUGGCUCCAGGAGGGCCUGCAAAGAGCAAGAGAGGGGGACAAGAGCGCCAGGAGAACGACAAAGACAUGGCGCAUCCGUACAAAGAUAUGCUGGAGCAGUCUGGAGAGUCCUCCGGGUCCACUUUUGACUCGGUGGACACAGAGUCGGGGAACUUCACACGAAAGAGAUCCUUGGUUCGCAGGGACCGUGCCAGACCUAACUCGUACCAGACCUCGUUUCGAAAUUCCAGGUACAGCAAGAACACCAUUUCCAACUCAAAUUCGGCAAGACUUUCCGCAUACCAAGACAACACCAACAGCAGCAACAUCUACUACAAUAACAACAGCAAUAAUUUCGGCUCGGAUAACUACAACAAUGACCGCUUCGGGGCCGGCAAUGAGGACAUCCCCAUGCAAAACAUGUCACAGUUCUCAUCCUCAAACCAUAUGCAUCACAGAAACUCACCUGAGGCGUACGCGUAUCACCACGAUGAUAUCCCAGAAAACCCAAACCCAUUUGUGCUGGGAGAGGAAGAUGAGGGAAAUGACAGCAAAGCGGGAAAAGAUACCACAAUCGAAAGAGUGACUGAAUACGAAACACCCGCAAACCCCACUCCAAACCAGCCUAGAGAAAUAUUUCAUUUAAACGACGAGUAUGAUGAUCAUGACCCACAUGGGCAACCACUACCUAAUGAGUACAACGUGACGGGCCUUGACCACGACAAUGAUGAAAAAACCCCACUCUCGAAUGAAAACUACUACACCGCCAUCCCUCCGAAAAGAAUGGAGUUGGAAGAAGAUAAGCAUGGAUUUCCAUACUGGAAACUCUACUGCUACGUGCUCACAUUCUGGGCCCCGGGGCCUUUGAUGAGUUUGUUUGGUUUGAAAACAAAAGAUAGACAGUACGCUUGGAGAGAAAAGAUGGGAUUGAUCAGUAUCAUUUUGGUUAUUGGUUGCAUCAUUGGGUUCUUAACUUUCGGGUUCACCAGAGCGACAUGCACUAACUUGACCGCAAGAUUGAAGCCCCAAGAUUUAUCUUCAAGUUAUAUGGUAAUCAAUGGUAGAGCUUAUGAUCUAUCAUCAUCUUCUCAUCCUGCUGCAGAAGGCAUCGAUGCAGACACAAACGUCUUAUAUCCUCCAAUCAAUGCUGGCGGUAAAGAUGGGAGUCUCUUAUUCCAAAACGUCAAUGGGAACUGUAAAGGCUUGAUCAAACCAAAGCAGGAUAGCACGAUUCCCUUCCAAGGUGAAGAAAUGGCAUGGUACAUGCCUUGUAAGAUCAUGGAAUUGGAUGGUUCAUCCACACCAAAUUUCACCUUUGAUCACUAUAACGGUUACGCAUGUCAUACGUCUUCCUACGCAAGAAAAACAUUUUAUGGCUUGAAGGUAGAAGGAGAUUUGUACUACACCUGGGAAGCCAUCGCAAAUAGUACUAGAGAUUUGAUUGUUUACAACGGUAAUGUCAUUGAUAUGGACUUGCUGAACUGGCUAUUUGCAGAUGAAUUGACAUACCCUCAAUUAUUUGACGAUAUCAAAAACGAUAAAACCAUGAAAGGUUACGACAUCUCAUUACUUUUGACCGAACCUCAUCAGAGACAAGCCGCCGAUUGUCUGAUAGAAAUCGCCAAAAUAGGAGUCGUAGAUGUCUCCACGGUGGGAUGUAUCGCUUCAACAAUCGUUUUGUAUGUUUCCCUAGUUUUCGUCUUAUCAAUCGUCAUAGUUCAAUUUGUGGUGGCAUGCUAUUUCAAGUGGUUUGUUGCGCCACAUCAAGGUGUUUCAUAUAGUUCUAUCAAGGAGAUGAAUGAGAGAAAUAACCAAAUCGACAACUGGGUCGAUGACCCUUACAGUUCAGCACCUUUAGCAGAUGUUCCAAAGAAAAGAAGAGCAGACUAUCACAGCAAGUUCAACAAAACCUUCCGCCUUUCUUGGGGUGGGGAUAUAAAUGAUUUCAUUGGAGAUGGUGACAAAGAUAUUGUAAUUGAAAGGGAGAAAAGGGAUGAUUACAAACCACAGUAUAUUACAAUGACAACCGAGGCUUAUAUGAUGGCAAAUGCUGGGAAGAAAAAAGGUAGAAGUAUGUCUCGUUCUUCAAUGCUAAGCACUAGUAACCUAACGUUGAACCCUUUUAAGAAAAAUGAUCCGUUUGAAGAUGAAGAAAUUGAAACUUUAGAUCCUGAUAUCAUCUCCACAGAUGUAAUUCCACAGCCCCCUGUCAAUUGGGAGCCAUUUGGAUAUCCAUUGAUCCAUACCAUGUGUUUAGUUACCUGUUAUUCUGAAGAUGAAGACGGAAUCAGAACAACAAUUGAUUCCAUUGCCACAACAGACUAUCCUAACUCCCAUAAAUUGAUUGUCGUUAUUUGUGAUGGUUUAAUUACAGGUGCAGGUAAUGAUAAAUCGACACCUGAAAUUUGCUUGGAUAUGAUGACAGAUCUAGUUGUUCCAAAAGAUCAAGUCCAGCCAUUUUCUUAUGUUUCAGUUGCCCAUGGUUCCAAAAGACAUAAUAUGGCUAAGGUUUACGCCGGAUUUUAUAAAUACAAUGAUUCCACUGUUCCUAUUGAAAAACAACAGAAAAUCCCUGUUUUAUUGGUCGUCAAGUGUGGCACCCCUGAAGAAAUGACUUCUGCCAAACCUGGUAAUAGAGGUAAGCGUGAUUCUCAAAUUAUCUUGAUGUCUUUCCUUCAAAGUGUUACUUUUAAUGAACGUAUGACUCCUUUACAAUACGAAAUGCUGAAAGCUAUAUGGCAAAUUACAGGUUUGAUGGCAACUAUGUACGAAACCGUUUUGAUGGUUGAUGCAGAUACUCUUGUGUAUCCUGAUUCUUUAACUCAUAUGGCCGCGGAAUUUGUUAAAGACCCUGAGAUAAUGGGUCUAUGUGGGGAAACCAAGAUUUCGAAUAAGGCACAAUCAUGGGUCACGGCAAUUCAAGUUUUUGAGUACUACAUUUCUCAUCAUCAAUCAAAAGCAUUUGAGUCAGUUUUUGGGAGUGUGACGUGCUUACCGGGUUGUUUCUGCAUGUACCGUAUCAAGUCACCAAAGAGUACCAAUGUCUGGGUGCCAAUUUUAGCAAACUCAGAUAUCGUUGAAAAAUACUCCGAUAAUGUUUUGGACAGUUUACACAAGAAAAACUUAUUACUUUUAGGUGAAGAUAGAUAUCUCACCUCAUUGAUGCUUAGAGCUUUCCCAAGAAGAAAGCAGGUUUUUGUUCCUAAGGCCGCAUGUAAGACUGUUGUUCCCGACAAAUUCCAGGUCUUACUGUCGCAGCGUCGUCGUUGGAUCAAUUCGACCGUUCAUAACCUAAUGGAAUUGGCCCUUGUUAAAGAUUUGUGUGGUGCUUUCUGUCUCUCCAUGCAAUUCAUCAUUAUUAUUCAAUUGAUCGGUACUCUUGUUUUACCAGCAUCCAUUACUUUCACCUUGUACAUUAUCAUCAUUGCGAUUGUUUCCAAGCCAACGCCAGUGAUGUCCUUAGUGCUUAUGGCAAUUAUCUUCGGUCUUCCGGCCCUUUUGAUCAUUGUUACGGUUUCCAACUUGAUGUACGUCGGCUGGAUGAUCAUAUACUUGUUCUCUUUGCCUAUAUGGAAUUUUGUGCUGCCUACUUAUGCAUAUUGGAAAUUUGACGAUUUUAGUUGGGGUGAUACGAGAAAAACUACGGGAGGAGAUAAAGGAUCUCACGGCGAUCGUGAAGGUGAGUUCGACGGCUCGCAAAUCAAGCAAAUGACCUGGAGGGAAUUUGAGCUGCAGAGAAAGGACGCUACAACAAGAUACCCAUCGGACAGGUAUGUCGAUGAUAAAAAUGACCCAUCUAACAUCGCAUCCGUGUACAAUCCGGGCAAUUAUGACUACGAACCGGACACAGAAUAUGUUGACAUGUCUCGGAAUUUUAGUUCAAAACCAUCCACUGCGGAGGAUAUGCCAAAUUAUCUGUGACAACACUGAGAUAACAAGCAUAUAUGCUGUGUGUUUAGUUGAGUGUGUGUACAUGCGUAUAUAUGUUCUAUCUACAAAGCCCGUUACUAUUAUCCUCCACAAACUACAAACCUAUAUAAUCGAC